GCGGGGGCGGCAGCGGGGGCGGCAGCGGAGGUCAUCGCUGCGAGCUUUUACGGUGCCACCUUUGCUUGGGAAGCGACCUCCCGUCCCUGCCUGCUGGACCUGCACCUGCACCUCCCCGCCGGCUCCCUCACCGUGCUGGUGGGCCGGGUGGGGGCCGGCAAGAGCUCCCUGCUUACGGCGCUGUUGGGGGGCGCGGAGCUGCCGCUGCUGGCGGGCAGCUGCAGCCGCCGCAGCCGCCACAACCACCACUGCUGCAGCCGCCAGGAGUCCCAGGGUCGGAGCCACCAGCAGCAGCAGCAGCAGCAGGAAUGUUCCCAUCGUCAGCAGCAAGAGUGUCACGGAGUUGGCGCUGCCACGGCACUCCAAAGAGCUGUUGGUGAUGGUGCUGUUGGCGAUGGCGAUGGCGUGGGAAGAGGAGGAGGAGCCGGAGCAGCUACUGUCGUACGGAGCAAGCUGUGUUGUACGACAGGUAGUACGGAAGCGGAUACCCGCGGUACGGCAAGGAGAGCGAGGAGCAGGCGAAGGACGUCGUACGCUCCGCAGCGGCCGUGGAUCAUGGCGAGCAGUGUACGGGAUAACGUACUGCUGGGGCUGCCGUUGGACGAGCAACGGUAUUGGCAGGUGCUCCACAGCUGCGCGCUGCUGCCCGACCUGGCGCUGAUGCCCGCGGGGGACAUGGCGCCGGUGGGGGACAACGGAUGCAGCCUAUCCGGCGGGCAGCGGGCAAGGCUGGGCCUGGCACGUGCGCUCUACCAUGCAGCUGCCCGUACUGCCGCCGGCGGUGGCGGUGGCGGUGGCUGCGGCGGGUACAACCACCACCACCACCACCACCAUCACGAGGACACUGAUGACGACCACCACGACGACUGCGAUGACGACGACGUGCUGCUGCUGCUGGACGAUGUGUUGGCCUCUCUGGACGCAGCAUGCGCCGCACACCUUGUACGACAUGCGCUGCUGCCGCUGACGGCAACCGCACCCGCGCCCACAACAGCGGGAGCACCCAUCAUUGCGCCGCUGCCACAGCCACCCCUGCUACCGCAGCCGGAGCCGCUACUGCUGCCGUCACCCGCAGAGCCGCUGCCACUGCAACCACAUGCCAGCAGCGGCACCCACUGCGCUGGUAGCGGGACGGCCAGCGCAUGGGCCGCCGCCGCCGCCACCACCGGAGCCGCCCCCGCCGGCUGCCGCCUCCGCCCCCGCCGGGCGCCCACCGUGGUGCUGGUGAGUCAUGACGAGCGCUGCAUCCGCGCCGCGCGGCAGGUGGUGCUGCUGGAGGCGGGGCGAGUGUUGUAUGCGGGGCCGCCGGACGGGUACUUUGCCAGCCCGCACUGCCUGCACGGUCGGCAGGGCCGGCAGAAGGAGGAGGAG